AUGCACCGCGCCGUAGGCGGCCUCUACCUCAACGACACCAGCCCCACCAACCCCUUCAUCAUGGGCAGCACCUUCGGCGGCACCGUCAUCGCCCUGGGGGGAGACUCCACCUCUACCCCAUCCCACAACCUCGCCGUCGGCGACCGCGUCGUCGGCUUCGUGCAGGACGGCGACCCCCGCGAGGCCGGCUUCCAGGAGUACGCCACCGUGCCCGUGUGGCGGGUCAGUCGCGUGCCGGAGGAGAUGGGGCUAGAGGCGGCGGUCACGGUGCCGGCGAAUUUGGUCACCGCCGUGUAUACGGUGGCGGUGGAGUUGGGGUUGGAGCUGCCGUGGCCGGUGGAAAAGGGGGUGGAGAGGAAGGAUGGGGGGGAGGUGGUGUUGGUGUGGGGGGCGGCGAGUAGCGUGGGCAUGUAUGUGUUGCAGGUAUUGCGGUUUUGGGGGUAUCGGAAUGUGUUGGCGGUGGCGGCGGGGAAGCAUCAUGAGGUUUUGAGGGGGAUGGGCGCGAGGAGGUGUUUUGAUUAUCGCGAGGGGGAUGUGGUGGGGGAGAUUGAGCGGUAUCUGGACCUCGAGGGGCGUGAGGAGGGCAGGCCGAGGGUGCCGUAUAUUGUGGACUGCAUCGGUUCGCGGGAGGGGACGCUGCGGCCGUUGACCAAGAUCGCGGAGAAGGGGAGCAGGGUGGCCGUCAUGUUGCCUGUGAUCAACGUCCACGCGGGAGGGGACCGGAAGCCAGAGCUUGAGAUGGAUGUGAGCAAGGCGUUGCCUGGGCAAUGGAAGGACGGGGUUGACCUAAAGGGUGUCAGGACACUUCUUUAUCAUGAGAACGAGUUCUUCAAGAACCAUCUGCAGCCAGAGAUCAUCCCCGCCUUGCUGGAACAAGGAGUGGUUCAGCCCAACAAGCAGCGGGUUGUGGAGGGGAAGACGUUGCUCGAACGCGCGCAGAAAGCGCUUGAUUUGCUAAAGGAUCAAGCUGUCUCAGGAGAGAAGCUUGUGUGGAGGGUAGCAGAUGGAGAGAUCUAA